AUGGAUGCGGCGCACCACAGGCUAAGCGCGAGUGAGCCGAGUGCUGCUAGUGACGCAGCAGUCGAAGCAAGCAGCGCGGAUCAAAGGACACAGAAUGUCUCGACCGAUUGGAGAUUGUGGCUUACGAGGUUCGGUUCGCUGGCACCGGUCCUGCUGACGCAACCAGGAUCGAAAACGUCACAGAUUUUGGACCGAGUGGCGCAGCAGCUUUUUGAAGGCUUAGCAUGCGAAGCCUUGGAGAAGCGGCGGCAGCGCACUGCUUUGGGAAUUCAGGUGACACAAGCAAGAGCCAACCGAGAGGCGUUGUAUUUGAAUCCGGGAAGUCGUGAGCGAUUUGAGGAAAUGGCACGCAGCUUCCUUGAGAGGGCCCUGGAAAGGAUGGAGGCAGAAAACUCUGCACCGCAUGCACCGUAG